CCAUUUCCGGCAGAGCUCCACACAGGGCUGGGCUAGACAAUAAUUUUCCAUGGCAGAUCUCGUCAUGCUAGACAUGCUUCCGCGGACAUGGUUUCUGUUCCUCUUUCCCCUCUUCCUCUUCCUCGUCCUCUUGUUUGUGCAUUAUUAUUGGUUCACUGUGAAUAGGAAGACAGGAAAAAGGCAGCAGCAAGAAAGCCACCUCCUGCCUUCUCCACCUUCUCCACCGGCAUUGCCCAUCAUCGGGCACCUACACCUCGUCGGCUCCCUCCCGCACAUCUCCCUCCGCCGCCUCGCAAAGAAGCAUGGUCCUGACAUGAUGCUGCUCCAUCUUGGCGCCGUGCCGACACUCAUCGUAUCGUCGCCACGUGCCGCAAAGGCGGUGCUGCGCACACACGACCAUGUCUUUGCUUCACGGCCCCGCUCCAUUGUCUCCGAAAUCAUCAUGUAUGGCUCGUCCGACAUUGCCUUAGCGCCAUACGGCAAGCACUGGUGGCAGGCAAGGAGGCUCGUCGCCACCCACAUGUUGAAUGUUAAAAAGGUGCAGUCUUUCCGGAGCGCCGUCGCAGAGGAGGUGAAAAUGGUGAUGGCCAAGAUUAACGAGGCCGCCACUUUAGGGGGUGUGGUGGACAUGAGCGAGCUGCUAAAUUCAUUCACAUAUGACAUGGCAUGCCGCAUUGUGUUGGGAGAGUCCUUCCUGAAAGAAGGACGGAGCAAGCUGUUCCGGGACCUCACCGACGAUACCUCACGACUGCUAGGAGGGUUUAACAUGGAGGACUACUUCCCGGCGUUGGCUAGGGUUGGUGUUCUUAAGAGGGUUGUUUGUGCAAAGGCUGAGACGUUGAGGCAUAGAUGGGCCUAUCUCCUCGACAAUGUGAUUGACGAACGUGUCAGCAAGAACAAGUCAGCAUUUGAUCACAAGGGUGGUGAUUUCAUAGAUAUUCUGUUGUCUGUUCAGCAUGAGUAUGGUCUCACAAGAGAUCACAUGAAAGCCCUCCUAACAGAUGUAUUUUUCGCUUCAACCGACACAUUAUCUAACACCCUCGAAUUCGCCUUGGCCGAGCUGAUGAGGAGGCCACGCCUGAUGGUAAAGCUACAUGAUGAGGUGAGGAGAACCGUGCCGCGGGGACAGGAAACUAUCAGCGAAACUGAUAUCAACACGAUGAUGUACCUAAGAGCAGUCAUAAAGGAGUCACUCCGGAUGUAUCCUGUUGCACCAUUGCUUGCUCCACACCUUGCCAUGGCUGAUUGCAAUAUCGAUGGCUACAUGGUUCCUACUGGGACACAUGUCUUCGUCAAUGUAUGGGCCAUUGGUAGGGACUCCAGCUCCUGGGAAGACGCGGAAGAGUUCAUACCUGAAAGAUUUAUGCAUGAAGGCAGUGACUUUGGCGUCAACUUCAAGGGGAAUGAUUUCGAGUUCUUGCCAUUCGGGGCGGGACGAAGGAUGUGCCCUGGUAUGCACCUUGGAAUCGCCAAUAUCGAGCUUAUGUUGGCAAACCUCAUGUACCAUUUUGAUUGGGAAUUGCCGCUAGGGGUUGAGAGAAAAGAUAUUGAUAUGGAAGUGGUAUUCGGGCUAACCGUUCGCAGAAAGGAGCGACUAUUGUUAAUUCCAAAACCAUGUCUUUAG